CCUGAAAAAGUGGGCGGGGUGGGAGAGAGAGAGAGAUGUAGGAGGCCUCGGAGAAUUCCAUGCUCCUUUUAUGCAGGCGCAAAGGCAGCCGCGUCCUACAGGCUGGGUGCCACCUGCUGGCUGCCAGCAUGCCUACCCUGGAACCUGAGCAACUGACCAUCAGAGAAAUGAGAGAGGAGGAGACACCGAUUGUCUUGGAGCUUCUGAAGGAUGGAUUCAAGGAUACAGAGAACCGCCUGAUCCUCUAUGUGCUGACGCGGCCUCUGGCUUUGCUGCUGAUGGCGGUGGUGAGCAGCGGCCUGCGUUUCUUCCUGAACUCGUUUGUGGUGGCUCUCGUGCUGCCGGUCCUGCUCACCGUGGUGGCUCUGAAGCUUCUGCUGUGGCGCUCGCCGGACUUGAGGCACCUGCAUGCCUACUACAGCUCAGGGCAGCGCGGGCUGUGGGUGGCUGUAUACGAUGAGGACGACGUGUGCGGCUGCGUGGCUCUGGAGCCCUGCGGCGGGGAACCACGCACGGCGGAGCUCAAGCGCCUGGCUGUGAACCGCUGGUACCGGCGCUCUGGUGUGGGCCGCUCCCUCCUCAGCUUCCUGGAGGCUCACGCUCGCGCCCAGGGCUUCAAAUUCUUAGUGGCCCAGGUCUCGGUAGUCACCAAGGCGGCGAUUGGGCUGUUUGAGAACACUGGCUACAACAUGAGUGGUGGGCGGCGGUGGCUGGGCUACACCAUUCAGCAGGAGUUCAGCAAGGAGCUCUAGUUGGUCUGCCUGCCAUUCAGCCACUAGGGAGGGACCCAGGGAGGGACAGCGGAUGGUCUUGAGGAAUUCCUGCCUGCCCCCUAAAUGUGGGGAAAGCACCGAGCUCCAGAAACAAGACUGCAGGGAACAAGUCAUCUCUUAAGCCCCCAAACAGGGCAGUUCCUCUCGGCAAAAGUGGCUUUCUCCGCCUGGAAAAUCGGACGCUGUAGCCAUGAACACACAGCUAAGCAGGGGAAGGGGUUGUCCAUUAAGAGCCUUCUCCCCGGUCUGCCACAUCCCUGUCAUUUAGAGAUUUCCACCAAAGCCACCCCAGAUUAUCUGUCCAUAGUUUU